ACUUGCCGAAUUAAAGGCACAAUAACACUACCCUGGCUAUAAGAAAAACAAAAACAAGAACAACCUUUAAAAUGUAAUAAAAAAAGAAAGAAAAAAAAAAGAUUUGUAAAAAAAAAAAAAAUGUUUGUCCCUGGGGUUUUCGUGACGUAGAAGCGAAUGGAAAGCCAAAAGGGAGACGAGUUAAUGGAAGAAGAUAAGAGAUAAGCCUGAUUUUAAGGACAAAGUUGCAGCCCCGGCAAGUGCGACUGAUUCUUUGCGAUCAGCCCCCUACUCUGACAGUACCCUUCUCUUCCAACAAUGUCUCCAAAAACAAUAUGUCGGAGGAGGAGCCAGACAAAGUUGAAAAGACUGCCCUUGCCUUUGAUGACUUGGAGGACAUUCCAAGCAUCGACUGCGAAGACAGCCUUUCGGAUUCACUUCCCACAGUGAAAGAGGUUGCCCCUUUGCGGUCUACAAGUGGCAAUAUUGGAGAAAAUGGAGAGAAGAAGGAGGAAAUAGCAAGAGAAAGCAGAGAUAAAGAAGAGAGAGAAGAGGCAGGGCAACAAGUAUGCAGUGGAGGAAAUUCCAGAGAUAAGCUAGAAGAGGGUACAAUGCAGCCUGAAGAUAAGGAAAGUGGGGUCACAGAUAAGGCCAGGGUAGAGGAUGGAGCAACUAAUAAUCUGGAAUCACCUGCUGUAACUCACACGUUCACGUUCCCCAUACGGAAGGAAUCAGGAGGGCCCCCUCACACCACUCCAGCCCCACCGGAGCCAAUGGACAGAGAGGAGGGCAAGGUAUCCCAGGCCUCUUCAUCACCUAAGCUCUCUGCCAAAACUAAGACCAAAUCAAAGAAGCCCAAGGCAACUCGUCUAGCCAAGGAAGAGAGGGACUCAGACUCCUCAGUAUCCUCCCGGAAGAAGGGCCGAACAACCAACAAGACACAAGUCAAGUGCAAGUUUGCACCUGGAGGACUAGAGUACAUCGAGGACUGUCUGCAGGGACGCUUCUUCUCAGGCUGGGUGGAGGAACGGCGCUGGGUAGAACACCUGGGGGGUUACCGGGAUGAGGUGCAGGUGGAUGAGUGGGAGGUAGAGCUUAAUGCGCAGCUCAAUGCCAUUGUUAGAAGCAUCCCUGGCGUGGUAGAAGGCACUAAGUGGAUCAACAUCACACCUCCAUCAGCCUCAGAGCUAUGCUACAGUCUUUGGGUACUGCUUGGGGAAGCACCAAGCCCAGGCCACUACUGGUUCACUGUGACAGGGGUGGCUGUCCAACCCCAAUUUGGCCUGCGCAUUUCCCUAAGGAUCUUGAGGAGCAUCCACCCCCAGGACUACGAGACAGCCGAGGUUCGGCGGAAGAGGCGCAAACAACUGGCAGCUGCAACUGAGCCAGGCCAGGAGCUGGAGACGAUUGGCCAGCACAUCAUGGACUGGUGCGAGCAGGCCCAGCAGAUAAGUUGGGCCGGAGGAUGGACAGCUGUACGCUCCACCCUGACACUGAGCAAUAUUAGAGAGGCUGUGAGGUUCACAGUGGUGCUAGUGAUCACUCUGGUGGUGGGUCUGGUGGCAUUCCUGAGGGAGUCCCACCAUGUGGUCCUCCGUUUCAUCCGAGAAGCUGGCAUAUUCUUCCGUAACAUCACACCCUUCCUGCAGUCGGUAAUGGGCUUUGUGGAAAAGCUCAUCGGUGGCUUCUACCUCCUGAUAGCCAUGGUCUACAGGGACAUCCGUCAGCCAAGUGGUCCUCCUGGUCCUCCACCUCCUUCCUCCUCCUUUCUCUCCCCGCACAGGCAGCCUCCCUUGGCUCUAGGUCAGGCUCCCCCACCAUCCCCCUACACCCCUCCUGGACCUAGGGUUGUUAAGUAUGUUGGCCCAGAGCAGUGGGUGUAUAAAAGCCAAAAUAAGAGCUCGUCACCUCCAAGUUGAGGAAAAUGUCUUCUUGUUUGGUAAAUCAAAUAUUACAUUUUUAUUUUCUAGGGAUCUUUUUUAUAUUAAGUUAUUGGAAAUAUCAUACUUGCUUUUAAUUACCUGUCUGUGGCCAAAAUUUAUUUUAUCAUUUUUCUUGCAAGUUUUUCUUUAGUUUACUUAUUUUAGCGUAAUAUUUCAGGAUCUGCUUUGCAUUUACUCCUCAGUUUAUCCAACUAGAAUUUAACGUUUGGUUCUCAAUGGUAUAGUGAUUUUUACAUCUCAGAUGGCAUUUCCCAUUCCCUCAACAUAUGAUCCUUUCACAAGUGUGUCUUUCACUCCCUUCCAUUCAUGAAUUCACUCCAUUCAUAAUCUUGUAAACUAGUCACUGCAAGCAUUUCUCUUCUACUCUCAAGAUGCAGUAGAUUCCUGAAGCAGGUAAUGACAACUGUUCACAACAUGAAUAUAUAUAUGCAUAUAUAUAUUUUUAAUACUCACUGAAUGUUAUAUCAGUACUUCUAGCAGUGGUUCAGACAUCACAUAGUUGAGCAGAAUAUGAGAAUGUGCCUUUUUCUUUAUGUGAUGUCAUAUGGUGCCUAAUCAGAGUUAUGUGUUCUGUGUAAAGAACACGGGUGUUAUAUCUGAUGAAAACCUAGGAAGAGAAACAUUUGAUAUUAUGUUUAAUUAGUCUUAUUUAUUUGGAAUGUUGAAACUAGUUUGCUAUUUUCCUCUCCCUCUCUUUGUUUCACUACAAAAUCUUAGAUAUGGUUUGUUGUAGUGUGAGUAAUUCCUUGGAAAUUGUGUGUAGAAAUCUUUACUAUCCAGAACAGUUGGCUUUGUUAAAAGGAUUUUUCUAUAACCUAGAAAAAAAUCCCCAAAUUUUGCCUACACAUAUCCAGUCACUGUUUUUGAGAAAUACAAUUUGUAAUUAUGAAAACAGGAUUUACUAAUCACAAGGAUGUUUACCAUAUUCAAAAUAUUUGGAUUACACAUGUUCCCCAGUGUUUAUAACAUUUUUAUCUUCAUGACUACCCAAUCUUUACAUCUGGAAAAAGCAGGAAGUAGAAAGUGGUGGUGUGUGUGUUCUAAAAGAUUAGUCAAUCUGUAGAGUCUGAUCCUAAGUGGUACAAAUAUAUGGGUGUUAACUAGUGUAGAGGAGAUAGAGCCUGUGUGUAGAAAUUAAUGCUAAUAAUUUUGUUUUUUCAUACCAAAGACUUUUGACGAAUCUCAAGUGCAAAGCAUCUACAAGCAGUGUUUUUUUAUUGGUGCAGAGAAUGAAAGCAUUUGCAAACAAAAUUAAGCAGUAGAUCAUCUGCUUAAAGAAUUCCUUUCGGUUUAGGAACUAAAAUAAUGGUACUCAAGAUCAUUUUAGUAUUUUAAAUUAAAAUUAGAUUAGAAUAACAAAUUAUAAUAAGAAUAAAGUUGAGUCGGUGCAUUAACAGCAGGUCACAGUUAUAUUGAGAGUAUAGUGUUUAUUACAAGGCUCUACUUAGAAUACAGAGUUACUUCACUUCAGAAACUGCAUUUAGAAAUAAAGAGUCACUUCAGGAAAAAGCAAUAUCUUUGUCAUCUGUUUUUUUUCUUCCUUUUUUUUUUUUAGUUAUAAUUUGAUCAGAAGAUAAAAGUUGUGUGAAUGUGUGUAUCUAUGCAAACAAUAGAGGUACAUCCCCACCGACAAGUCUCUGCCUCUAGUAUAUUUAAAAAUGAUCAUGCAUAUAGAUGUGGAGCAAAAAGCUAUAUCCCUUGAAAACAGAAUAGAUGCACUACAAUUUGUCUCUACCUUUUACACUGGUCUUAAAAGUAUACAGGUUCUCAGACAACAACAGCAGUCGGUAAAUCACUCCCUUACAACCUGACUGCUACAUUUAUAACACAUAUUGGGAACUGGAUUGUCCUGCAGUGCCAAACCACCAUUAGUAUGGACAACUGCUCUUGUCCCUCCAUGUUCACUAGACCUUCAGGUUGGUGAAUAUUUCAAGGAUGAUACUGAAACAAAGUCAUUAUUCUGUUAAGUAGAGCUAGAUGGCAAGCAACAGCUGAUCUUCUUACAGAUGACUAUCAGGAGGUUUGGUAGAAUAUACCAUCACAUUUAAAAAGGGUAAUGGUUUACUGCAAUAGAGUUUACAAAAUAACUGAAAAGGAUGUGACAUUAGAUUAGAUUUGUAAAAAUAUAAGAUCAGAUUUUCUGAUAAUUUGCUGGGAAAGGAAAAUUGAAUGUCUUUAUCAUUGUCUACAUCUAAUAUUAUGAGGUGGCAAUUGGACCUACAACAGAUCAUGUUGAUGGCAUGACAAAAUCAUUCAGAACUGUGUGGUUAAGCCCUGUCAUGAAGUAACAAUAUCAGCAGCUGUUAUACCCUUUGUGACAGUCAAUCAUGCAAUUAUUUAUGCAGCAUUACCAAAUAUCUACCAUCAUUCAUUCACGCACAAUCCAAAUGCCAGAUAUGAGCAACUGUCACUGGAAACAGCAGUCGUAAAACACACCCUAGACAUAACAGAAUUGUUCAUGUAUCUUUCCUAUUGUAUUAAUAAGAAAAGAGGCAGAGACUGUUUGUUGUAAGUGUACAUGUAAUAGCUUUUACUUACGGGCACUUGUUAUACCUGUUAUAGAAAUAAAUAAAAAGCAGUUGACAGCAAGGGUAAGAUUUUUUUCUAGACAAAUACAGAUGGCUGUGGAAUUGUUCAGCAAUAUUGUAUUUUGUGUAAACUUUUUACUUUCUCAGUGUUGAGAUAUGUAAAUCAUGAAGCCAAUAAAUACUCAGAAAAUAC